UUGUAUUAUAAUCCUUUGCUUUCUUCACUAACGUAUGUCUUCAAAUCAUUCAAUUGCACUCAUUCUCCUUCUCUCCAUUUUUUUACUGUUUUUCACAGUUCCUUUCUUCACCUAACCCCUCUCCUAUGUUUUCUUAAUCAAAUUAAUUAAUAUUUUCUUCCACAAGCUCCAUUGAAGCUUAAACCACGCAGGUUUUACCUGGCGUCGGUUGGAUUCAACCAUACCCACAUAGUUUUAACUUGUUUGGAGAAUUUUGUGUUUUCAUUUUAACAUUAAUAUUUUCAAUUUUUAACCAUUUGGAGAUUCAUUUCAUCAGUAUCAUAGCUGACAUGACAUCCUAAGUUUUAACUUUUUCUUCUUCUCGCAUUUUAAACUUUGUAAUAUUUAUCUGAGAUUUUGUCUCAAAAUCAACAAGUGGGGUUAUUGAAUUAUAUCAUUUUUUAUUUUCAAUUUUCAUUUGUUCACAUUAUAUAGUUCUCUGUAAUUAUUAAAAAAAGUUUAUUUAUUUUUUCUUAAUUCUUUAGUGGGUUUUGUACUGUGGCAUGUAUGUGUGGUUAGGAGUUUCUUUAAGGUUUGAGAGUUGAAAAAAAUUGCAAUGGGUCGAGAUGGGGGCAAAGGUAGUGUUGAGGUAUUUGAUUCUGUUCAUGAAGUGAUGAAUGAGAAUUUAAGUGAUUUCGUUGAAGGGGUUGGAGAAGUUGGAACUUCAAGAGAGAUGGGUAAGGAUUCAAUCAAUUUAGGAUCCAAUAAGGAGUUAAAGGAGGAGUGUGAGGAAGUUAAGGAUCAAGAAAAGUGUGACGAAGAAAAUAUAUGUGAUGUAUUGCAUGAGGUUGAUCAAGGAACUAGUUAUAGUUCAAGCAGUUUGGUUAAUGAGGAAGUGGUUGAGACGGUGGUUGUAAUAGAGUCUGUUCUGAGCGAGUAUAUCAAUGGAGAGGAUAGGAAAUUGGAAGAAAAAGUUGAUGAAUCAGGAGGGCUUAGCUUGGUUUCCAUGAAAGAACCAAAAGGGGUGUCUGAAACUGAUAAUGAUUCAUGUGUGAUUGAUAUGAAGUGCAGCAGCCACAAAGGGUUUUACGAGAAUUCACAAGGUGAAAGGAUUUGUAGGAUUUGUCAACUGACUUCUGUGCAGGCGUCCGAUGCAACAACAGUCGGAAAUGCUAGUGAUACAAGUGGAGAUUUUAUUCAACUUGGUUGUGCGUGUAAAGACGAGCUUGGCAUUGCACACGUUCAUUGUGCUGAGAUGUGGUUUAAGCUCAAGGGAAACAGAUUAUGCGAAAUAUGUGGUGAGACUGCAAAAAAUGUUUCGAGUGUUGCUAAUACUGGAUUUAUGGAAGAGUGGAAUGAUAGAAGAUUCAUGGACAACAACAUUAACUCACCCCCCAGGUUUGGUGGAUGGUGGCGACGACAGCCGUUUUGUAAUUUCUUGAUGGUGUGCCUGGUAAUAGCUUUUGUUCUGCCAUGGUUUUUUCGUGUAAAUAUGUUCUAGCUUGGGAAUCAAACACUAUAAUUCUUCCCUUUUCAAUUCUUCAUAUACCUAGCUACUAAUAUAUUGAGUGAAUGAGUGGUUCUUGGCAUAAACAGAGUGACACAUCAUAAAGUUUUAGUGGGAAUAUAGGGUGAUAAUUCUUCUCAGGGUGUGUGCCCUGAAGAUGUGAAGUUUGCUUCCAUUUUUUGGAAUAUGUGUAUAUGUUGGUCUAAGGUAAAUAUUGUAUCUGGUUUUUUAUUUUGAAAAAACAAAUAGAUAACAUAUUUUAAAUUUGGUGGAGUUAGAUCUUACCUGUGAAUUUUCAAAUUACAAUGCAAAUAGUAUAGUUUGGUUUUAA